AUGCGCAGCCACACGGACCGCAGCUGGCGCGGCAUGGAGCCGCCCCGGGAGACACCCCUGGGCGAGCUCGGGCCGGACGGGCAGCGUUACCCGUACGUGUGCGACCGCUGCAAGAUGCCUUUCCAGACGCGCCAGGCGCUCGGCGGCCACCGCGCCAGCCACAAUGGUAAGAAAGGCUGCUCCUGGCUCGAAAGAGAGGAGCUCGCCGCCGCCAAAGAAGCUCGUAAGCCCGUCCUGUUCGGCGUUGAUCUGAACCUUCCGGCUCCCGAGGCAGAUCAGGAACAGGGGGAUGAGUAG